AUGGGAAUCAAUGGCUUCGGUCGCAUCGGCCGCCUCGUCUUCCGUGCCGCCAUGGGCAAUCCGGACGCCGAGGUCAAGGCCAUCAACGAUCCCUUCAUGGACUUGAAGUACAUGGUCUACCAGCUCAAGUAUGACAGCGUCCACAAGACCUUUGCAGGCACGGUGGCAUGCAAGGAGGCAGAUGGAAAGGAGUUCCUGGUCGUCAACGGCAAGGAAAUUGCGGUGUUCCACGAGAAGGCGGGGGUGUACGUGAACAUGGUCACAAGAUCACAGCGACUUACUGCAAGCAAUUUCUUCAAGAACCCUAUCCGCACAAACCUAAUCCCUAAACCCUAA